AUGGUAUUCAUCCACGCCACAGUACCCAAUGGGCCGUUCAUCAACAAGGAAGAUUCUUGCCGAGAUAUCACAACUGCCUGUAUUGCGCAGUUGACACAGAGCUUGGCUCUGGCCGACGAAGCCUUGGAACUCCAGCAGCAUCUUUAUUGUGUUGCACAGGGUUUCUACGGACUCCUUCCCUACGCUGAUGAAUACUGGAUUGAGCACCUACUGGAGUACCUUGAGCUCAGUCAAGGGUUCUGCACACCCGAUUCUUCGAGAAUACAAGGACAACUCAAGGCGCUUGCUAGAAAUUGGAUCGACCUGGUGGGAGAAGAGUCCACGCGAACCUCCAAUGCGGAAAGCCCCGAUUCUCGUUUGCAUUGGUUCGAAAGCCUCCCCUCAACGAGAGCACUAAUUCAGGAAGCCCUCGAACUCCGCAAAGCAACAAAGGAGUCGGUUGAGAAGAUGCCAUCCUUCACCUCCUCUACCAUCGAUUCCUCGGCAGAUUUCUCAUACACUGGGCCAGCCGAGCAGACGUCCCAGGCGAAGCAACAACAGCUACCGGGAAUGUCAGGAACGGGAAGUCUUCCUGACAUUCCCGCUCAUAUGAUUCAAGUGACGCCGACCGACAUCAUGAACGCUCGCAAAGCGAACCCUAAGAUUGCGAGCCUCACAGACAAUCAGUUACGAGACUUUAUUAUCCAGAUCAAGAAACGGCAGAUGGCCGCGGCUAUGCAGAAGGAAAUGGCCAUGCAGAGGGAAGUGGCCUUGCAGCAAGUAAAGAGACAGAUGAUAAUGGAGCCUGAAAAAUAG